GACACUCGAUUAAGCGGACUGUUUCCCGAGGAGAUCCUUGGGCGUAAUCAGUCGAGUGCAAUCGAGGUCCGGGUGUUAACAAAAAGGAUUCUAAACUUUUACAAAAGCUUUCCUCAGGCGCAAUAACUAAAGAAAGAUACUUCGGAAGAGUUUCUACAGAUUUGCCAUGAAUUAUAAAAGAUUAUGACCCAUGUCUGAGGAACGUGGAGUCCGGUUCGGCCUCCCUGGAGAUAAAACCAACUUUUGAAGACAGACCGACAGUGAGCAUCGAGCUACAGGACCUCAGAGAGUAAGAGGCGAUCACCAUGGCAACACAGUUCAGUAUUGAUGAUGCCUUCGUGUUGGAGGGAGACGAGGAGGGAGCAGUGUCUGAUGGAGAGCCACAGGGAUGGAAGGACAGAGAAGGAGGAGAGAUGACAUUCGGUCCUCUCACUUUCUCCAAACCUCAGACUCAUCCCUCGCCUGCUGCCGCCGGCUCCCUCGAACACAGUAACUUAAAGUAUCAGAAUCUGGAAAAUGAGGACGCUUUUGGCAGCAACGGCAAUUCCUCUUUCAAUAACUUCUUCAAAAUCAGUGACCCUGCCAACCUGUCGUACUGCAGCUCCCAGUGGUCUUUUAGCACCUUGAGUUCUGUCACACAGCUUUCUGCACACUGCUGCGGGUGGGUGUCUCAUCCGCUGGUGAAGAAAAACAGAAAGGUUGUUCUUGCUUCUUUCCUUCUCCUCAUCACUGGAGUUGCUCUUAUUUUCACAGGUGUGGUCAUACAGCUCAAUCCAAAUGCAGGUGUUUCAAGUGCUAUUUUCUUUGUACCUGGAUUUCUCCUCUUCAUCCCUGGAGUGUAUCAUGUGAUAUACAUCAGCUGUGCUGUCCGCGGGAGAAGAGGCUUCAAAUUGUUCUACCUACCUUAUUUUGAAAAAUGACCUUUAAGAGACACUACACUUCCAUGUUACUUCUGUCUUAAAAUGAGUUGUGUUUUUUUUCUUUGUAUUUUUUAAUGCUUGUUUCUUUUCUUGUCAUUGAAAUGACCACUACUAAUUCAACCACUCAGCGCUACGACUGUUUCUGCCACAUGAACUGACUUUACUGUAUGUGUACUCUAAAAAGGAGAUCGGUCCUGCCUGUGUUUUCUAUGUUGUGUGAAUAAUGACUGUGAAAUAACAAUAAAACUUUUUUAUAUUAUCA